AAGACAAUGAUGACGGCGAAAGUGUGGCAUUCUAGAAAAGAAACUAUGUCGCGCGUUUAAUUUUUUUAUGGACAAAAAGGAAGGUAACAAGAAAAGGAGAGUUGUAGAUUAAUGUAUAACAGUGAGGAAGAAGGGAAGUUGACUAGAGAGAUUUUGUUAACAACUAAAAAACUUUUGAGUGUGAAUUGAAGAAAGAAAAGGAUAGAAAAGAUUAAGGUGCGUGACAAGGCUGGAGACUCAGAGCACGGCAUGCACAUUUAACAUGUUUGUUUAAUGGCGUGAAAUGGUUUUGAAUUAUGAAAGUGUCGUGGUGUCCUCUAUUGUAUUUUUGAUUCCAUAUCAAAUUCGGUAUAGUGAUUUAAAGUUUUUAAAGUGAAAAGUAAGAAAAGAAGCGUUUGGGUGACAAUUUUCAUGGUGUAUAAUGUUCAUUUUAAUAAUUUGUCAAAUAGUUUUUACGAGUGUGUCAUUAAAUGUGUUUAGUGACCAAUCACUUUUUUCAAAUUUCCCUUUUAAAAGGGAAGAAAGAGAAUCGAUAUUCACAAAUCGAUUUUCUUCUUUGCGUCAAGAGAAGUUUUCAAAUGGAAUGAAUGAAUUAAAUAGUAUUUUAAAAUACUCAAACUUUAAAAAAUACCUUUCAAAAGAAGAUAUAGAAAUCCUUUUAGAUAGUUUAGAAAAAGCUAAAAUGUUGCAACCUUUAAACCCUUUAGAUGAAGAAAAAAAUGGUAAAAAAGAAGAGGAUCCAGCACAAAAGCAUCCUAAUUAUAAUUCAGUGAAUCCUUUUAAUAAUUUUAAAAGUUUUUUUCGUAUGCAAUAUAUGAGGAAUGAAGAAUUACAAAAAGAAUUUUAUUCUUUAGUGUUUUCUGCAUUGUUUCCAACAAAUCAAAAAGAAGACAAUUUAAAGAAAUUAAUGGAGUCCCGACAGUAUAAAGAAGCUGUUAAAUACAUGAAUAUGGUGAACGACAAACUGUUAACUAUGGUCAUGUGUAUUCAAUCGUCCAAGCAUCAAGGUGUUCCAUUGAUUGCUGUUGAGAAAUCAGAAAAACUUAUAGAAUACAAAACAAAAGUUGUUGAUUACAUGGAAACAGAAAUGAAAAAGUGUCUUGAUAUAAAAACAACACCGCAACAAGAAUAUAUUUUAGAAAAAUGUUCACCCAAUGGAUUUUUCUUUGUAUCUCCAGCUGAAGAAGUGUUUCUUGGUACGGAAUUAUAUAUUCCUAAAAAACAAAGUUUACUUAUUAUUCAUCCGGGAGAUAAAGAAACUGUGGUUUCUUUAGGAUUUCUUUAUACAAAUGAAAAUGGCUUAACAAGAUUAGUAACGUUAACGAAAAGUUUAAUUUUAAAUAAUAAUUGUAUUGUGUAUUCUAAUAAAGGAGUAACCAUUUUAGAUGGAGAUUCGGGUUCUGAGUUGAAUUUUAACAAUGCUUUUCGAGUAAGAGCAUCCAUUUUAUCAGGUGUUAUGAAAAACAAAAAUACAGUAUUGGAUAAAAAUGGAGCUCAAGAUUGGAGUACAUCCAAUGGUUUAAGAUAUUUAGCAGGAGCUCACACGGCUGAAGAAAUUUCAGCGGCUGUGCGAUAUAUUAACAUACAUGAACCUGAGAUUAUGUAUCUUAGCUUAGGUCAGAAUGGCCCUAGCAGAAAAGCCUUUCGCGGUUUAGAACCCCGUUAUAAUAAUUUUCUUCAAGCUUUUUUACCAGCACACGUUCCCUCAAUAAGUAUUUUAGAAGGUUUCGUUAGCUCUCAAAUACGUUAUAUUAUGCAAAUCAUUUAUUCAAAACAAACUUUUUCAGAUACACAUUUACUUCCUCCAAUCAAUUUAUCACGUGAAAAUCUAUUUAUUGAUUCAGUGUUUGUAACAUCUAUGAAAAAUUCAAAAUUUAUCGCAGCCUUUAUUCUUAAGGAUAAUGUGCACUGCCAAGCUAUAAACCAGCUCGUAAAGACAGUGUCAACCAAACAAUUAAAACUUUUUCCUGAUCUUAAAACAAAAGUAUCGCAAAUGGCUAAACGAAGAUGAUUCUUUUUCAUUGAAUAUAACGUUUUUAGUCAAUUUUUUACAGUUGAGUCUAUUUUAUUCUGUCAUUUAUAUAGAAAUCUUUCAAUUUUUAAUGCGUGUGUGUACGUAUGUGUGUUUCUAAAAAUGUAUUUUUGUAUUGGUUUUUUUUAUAACACAAAGUCUACAUUAAGUGGAUAAUAAAUGAAAUGA